AUGACAUCUAAAUCAGCCCUUUUGGUUAUUGAUAUUCAACAUGAUUUCCUUCCAGGUGGAUCCUUAGCAGUUAAUGAUGGUAAUAAAAUAAUCCCUGGUGUUUUAGAUCUCAUAAACACAGAUAAGUACAACUGGGAUGCAGUUGUUUUCAGUCAAGACUGGCAUCCAAAAGACCAUAUUUCCUUUGCUUCUAACCAUGAAAAUAUCAAGCCAUUUGAAGAGAUUGAAUUCACUUCUACGAAAGAUUCGUCUAUUAAACUGAAACAAACUGUUUGGCCAAAUCAUUGUAUUCAACAUUGUCAUGGUGCAAAUUUUCCAGAUGAAUUAACUACUGCGUAUAGAAACAUACACUCACCAAAAACCAUUAUUCAAAAGGGGACAUUACAUGAUCGUGACUACUAUAGUGCUUUUAAUGAUGUUUGGGAUGAUGAUCAGACAGGUUUAAGUGAUUUUUUGAAAGAGAACAAAAUUACGGAUAUCUACUUAGUUGGACUUGCUUAUGAUUACUGUGUUAAAUUUAGUGCAGAAUCCAGUGCUAAAUUGGGUUUUAAUACAACUGUUAUCAAAUCAUUGAGUAAACCAAUCCAUUCAGAUAAGAUCAAUGAAACUGAUAAAUUUUAUAAACAAAACAAUGUUGAGAUCAUUGAUGAAAACGAUGACAAAUUGAAAGCAUUAUUGAAAUGA